GCGCGGAUGAAGAGGGGUGGGGCGUUCAUCCCUGUGUCGUUGUGCAUCGUUGACGAAGAACAACAUAAUGAGGCGUUUGCAAGCUGAAGAGCACUCCUUGAUGGUCAAAUAUUGAAAGACAGGCCUCAAGGUAACGUGUCUCUGCCUUUGGUAAUGGAAACAAUGGCACUCUUCAAAGCAAAACUGUUGAAUAAAGUGUACAAGACCGGAUGGAUGAAAUGCUUGUUUGUGGCGGUAGUCGUCCUGAUAAUAUUCCUCUUGCUGCCAAGGAAAGGUACCGAUGUCAAGACCCGGGGGUCUGCCCGUGAUUCUUGGGGCUCUGCACACAAGGUUAAAGUGACUCAAGUUGUAGAGGAUGCUCAUCCAACGCCAGGUCACGCCCGAUAUUCCUGGGGCUCUGUGGACAAAGUUCAAGUUCAUGCAGAGGACAGCGUCGCUCAAGGACUUAAACAAAGAAUUCGUGUUUUGUGUUUGGUAAUGACCUUGAAAGAGAAUGAAGAAUCGCGAGCUCUUGCCGUCAACCAGACAUGGGGGAGGAGAUGUACGAAACUCCUGUUUGUCACAUCGGAAAUGCUGGAGGAUCUUCCAUCUUUGGUGUUACGUGUUGAAGACGGCAGAAACCAUUUGACUGCCAAAACUAUGGCUAUGUUCAAAUAUGCCUUCAGCCAUUAUUUGGACCAGUUUGACUGGUUUCUCAAAGCAGACGAUGACACAUUUUUCGUCAUGGAGAAUUUGCGAUAUUUAUUGUCACUCCAUGACCCAUCAAACAAAGUUUAUGUCGGACAUCACUUCAAGAGAUACAUCGACAGUGGCUAUAUGAGUGGGGGAGCGGGCUAUGCUAUAAAUAACGCCGCUUUGAGACACUUCGGAGAAAAAUCCAAUUUAUGUGUCUCGGAUGGUUGGGGGGAAGAUAUUGACUUCGGAAGGUGCAUGGAAAAUAUUGGGAUACAGUGUUACCAGACUAAGGACAUCCUUGGAAGGAACAGCUUCCAUGGCCUUGGGUUCGAUGAGAUGAUGUACUGGUUUGACAAAGUCAAGCUCCAUGCCGUCCAGGUUAAAGAACCUAUACAUAUAGGUCCAUCCUGCUGCAGCCAACUCUCCGUCAGCUUCCACUACUUAUCUCCGCAACAGAUGUAUCAGUUUGAGUUCCUGCUGUACCGGAUGGCGGUGUACGGGAGACGCACCUCGGACAACAUGUUCAAAGACUUCUUUCCAGCAACAACAAUACCUAAAGGCCAUUACACGGAGGACCCCAUACCUCGAUUCUACUGAGUGAGUGAGUGAGUGAGUGAGUGAGUGUAGUUUUACACCACUUUAACAAUAUUCCAGCAAUAUCACGGCGGGGGACACCAGAAAUGGGCUUCACACAUUG